AGGUUGCGCCACGUGGUUGCGGCCAUUUGGUGGCGGCGGCGGGAGGAGAUGGUGCUGUUACACGUGUUGUUCGAACAUGCGGCCGGAUAUGCGCUGCUGGCCGUGAAGGAGGUGGAGGAGAUCGGCCUCUUGCUGCCCCAGGUGGAGGAGUCUGUUCUGACCAUUGGCAAGUUCAACAACAUUGUUAAACUGGUGGCCUUUUAUCCCUUCAAAUCUGCGCAGGGUGCCCUGGAGAACAUCAAUGCUGUUUCUGAAGGUAUUCUCCACGAGGACUUGAGGCUGCUGCUGGAGACCAACAUGCCGCCUGCGGGCAAGAAGAGGAAGGUGGUGCUUGGCGUGGCCGACCAGAAGCUGGCAGCGGCGAUCCACGAGGAUCUGGGUAUCCUGUGCCAGGCGGGCGGUGUGGUGGCCGAGAUCCUUCGAGGUGUGCGCCUCCACUUCCACUCGCUGAUCCAGGGGCUGACGGCCCUCUCUGCUGCCAAAGCCCAGCUGGGACUGGGCCACAGCUACUCCCGGGCCAAGGUCAAGUUCAACAUCAACCGUGUGGACAACAUGAUCAUCCAGUCCAUCAGCUUGUUGGACCAGCUGGACAAGGACAUCAACACCUUCUCCAUGAGAGUCAGAGAGUGGUACGGGUACCACUUCCCCGAGCUGAUCAAGAUCGUUGCUGAGAACUACACCUACUGCCGGCUGGCCAAGCUGAUCGGUAACCGUAAGGAGCUGUCUGAGGAGAGUCUGCCCAUGCUGGAGGAGGUCGUGAUGGACAGCGCCAAGGCCCAGGCCAUCCUCGACGCAUCCCGCAGCUCCAUGGGGAUGGACAUCUCUCCCAUCGACCUGAUCAACAUCGAGAGCUUCUCCAACAGAGUGGUGUCCCUGGCUGAUUACCGCAAGACCCUGCAGGACUACCUGCGCUCCAAGAUGAACCAGGUGGCUCCAAACCUGGCCACGCUCAUCGGGGAAGUGGUGGGAGCCCGGCUGAUCUCCCACGCGGGCAGCCUGACCAACCUGGCCAAGUACCCGGCCUCCACAGUGCAGAUCCUGGGCGCAGAGAAGGCCUUGUUCAGGGCGCUGAAGACCAAGAGCAACACCCCCAAGUACGGCCUGAUCUUCCAUUCCACCUUCAUCGGCAGAGCGGCCACCAAAAACAAGGGCCGCAUCUCUCGCUACUUGGCCAACAAAUGCACCAUCGCCUCCCGCAUCGACUGCUUCUCCGACGUCCUCACCAGUGUGUUUGGGCUGAAGCUGCGAGACCAGGUGGAGGAACGACUGGCCUUCUACGAGACCGGGGAAGCUCCCCGCAAAAACGUCGACGUCAUGAAGGAGGCCGCCAGCGAGGCAGCUGAGGUGACGGCAAAAUUGAAACGCAAACUGGAGAAGAAAGAGAAGAGGAAGAAGAAGAGAGAGAAGCAGGCGCUGGAGGCUCUGGCAGCUGAGGGGGAGGAGGCUGAGGAGGGAGAGCCGGCGGAGAAGAGGAUUAAAACCGACCAACAGGUCACUGACGGGGAGGUGGUGAAGAAGCAUAAACAGAAGAAGCAGAAGCUGGAAGAGGAGGAGGAGGAUGCAACGGAAAGCGUGUCCAACGGCAUGCAGGAGACCCCCGGCAAAAGCAAGAAGCUGCGGCGGAAACUGCCGGCAGCCGAGCCCACCGCCACCACGCCCAAGAAGAAGAAGAAGAAACACAGCAGUGGAGGAGGAGAGGUGUCCAGCCCCUGACCACUGGCUGCUGGAGGAGGAGGUGUCCAGCCCUGACCACUGGCUGCUGGAGGAGGAGGUGUCCAGCCCUGGCCACUGGAGGAGGGGGGAGGGUCAGGGAUUGGGAACCAUCUGACCCAGACUCUGGGGGAGGGGAACAUCUGACCCAGGCACCAUCUCACCCAGACGGUGGGGGAGAGAUUGUAACCUCCUUGGGGGGGAGGGGGCGACUUGCCCCCAUUGUUGGCGAGAGGCUCGGUGCUGAUGGCCCCACAAGCCGGCCGGUCUGUGCCUCCUCUCCGCAGUGCCUGCCCACAUUACCGGCACAGUCCGUCCGUCGGUCCACGUCCCCCGUGACCAUGGGGAGAGGUUGUGGGCGGAUGGUGUCACAACCUGGAUGCUUGUAAAUAUGUACAGACAAUAAAGUGAAGCUUGACCUUUUCAGAC